AUGGAAAAUUCGCUGGAUAUGUGUGCAGUUUCUUCUGCAAACGCCAGUGUUAAUAAGAAAAAUUCUGCAUCGAAUUCAUUGAAGAUGAUUAAUGAUUUACUAGAAAAUUCAAAAACAUUACCGACAACCGUUUCUGACUUGGGUUCGAUUCAAUUGAGCAUAAACGAACUAAAAAAGCGUACAUCGGAAUUAAGAGCACAGAACAAAGACACAGACAUCGAUUUAACUAAAGCUCAUUACCUGCUUGCUGGCAGUGGUUUAGCAAUUGAAGAUGUUGAUAAUACUUUAGAAUCUCUUCAUAAAUAUCAAAUGAUGGAAUCGCAUGCUCCGGGAAUGCAAGCAGAAGGAGAAAUUGAUCAUUAUCUUAAGCUAAAGAAAGACCAAAUUGUUUCUAUGUCAAUAGAUAAAUUAUUAUCCACAUCGUCCAAGGAUUUUGACAUAUUCCUUGAUAAUAAUUUGAAGCUUGAUUGGAAGAGUCUUGAGCAUGAUGUGGGUCAAAGAUUUGGAUUAUACGUAAAAAAUAUGAAUACAAUUGACAAUACUAAUUCUUCAAAACACGUUAUGGAUAUGCCAAAAUGGAGUUCAGAAAAAUCUUCUCUACUUAAUGAUUCAACUACCCUCUUAAAUGUAAAUGAAAACUAUUUAUUAAGAAAUAAAUUUGAAAGAUAUGCAAAAAUAAUUCAUUCGUUUAAUAACUGUAGACAACAGCAAAAUCAUUUCUCACUAGUAAAUGAAGUUAUAUCAAUGAUAGAAAAUUUUGGAGAUAGUACAAAUCGACAGCUAUUAGAAUGCUGGAAAAUUUUACAAGCUAUUCAAGAAAAGGAAAGUAUUGUUAUAUCUAGUAGAAGAUAUGUGGAGAAACAAUUUUUAGCUUACGUUGAUGAACUUUACAAAAAGAACCUGAAUGAAGGCCUACCUACUGGUAUCAACAAAGUUAAAUCUUUCAUAGAUAGUAAGUUAAGAGGUAAAGAUAAUAAAUGGUUGAUAGAGAAUUUAACUAUUGUCAAUGGCAUUCCAAUUUGGGCAUUAAUAUUCUACUUGUUAAGAGCUGGCUUACAUCAAGAGGCCUUAGAAGUUGCCAUUAAUAACCAUUCAAGUUUUAACAAAGUUGAAAAAACGUUUUUAAUUUAUUUCAAAGCUUUCAUAACCGCAAAAAGUGCUCAAUUACCAGUUGAACUAACAACUAAGCUUCACAUUGAAUAUAAUCAACACAUAAAAAGUGCACUCGGCGGAGAUCCUUUUAGAAUGGCAGUUUAUAAAAUAAUUGGUAGAUGUGAUUUAUCUUCAAAAAAUAUUUCAUCUAUUGCAUUAAAUAUAGAAGAUUGGCUCUGGUUCCAUUUAAUGUUGGUUAAAGAAGAUGUAUCAGAUAAUGACCCAGUGUACGAAAAAUAUAAGUUAAUUGAUUUGCAAAAUAUAAUAUUAUCAUAUGGCAUUUCACAUUUCUCGGAAUAUUACCUGCAGGUUUUAUUAUUGAGUGGUUUAUAUGAAUUUGCAGUUGAACAUGCAUGCACAAUCAGUAAAAUUGAUGGUGUUCAUAUCGCUAUUGGAUUGGCGAAUUGUCAUCUGUUAAAAACAACUACCUCUCAUAGUGAUAAAAACAAUAGCUUACUAGUAUCAAGUGGUACUGGGAAUUCAAUAAAUUUUGUGAGGCUAUUAUCGACAUAUACAACUUCUUUUAGAAAGUCAGAUCCAAGAAUUGCUGCAGAAUAUUUAUUACUAGUCGGUAUUGUAAAUGAUGAGAGCGAGAUGAAACUCUGCCAUGAAGCGAUAAGAGAAUUGGUAUUAGAAACAAAGGAGUUUACCAUCCUCUUAGGUAGAAUCAAUGCAGACGGUACUAGAAUCCCGGGUGUUAUUGAAGAAAGAAAGAACUUAUUGAAUCUAAAUGAGAUGCAUGACUAUUUAAAUAAAAUUUCGGAACAAGCAGCAUAUAAAGCGGAUGAAGAUGGAAGGACUCAAGAUAGUUUGAUGUUAUACCAAUUAGCGGAAAACUAUGAUAUCGUUAUCAGUAUUGUAAAUGAUUUGUUGGGAGAUCUCUUGAGUGAAUCUAAUAUGUCAAAACCACUUACAAAUAUUUACUCCAAUAAUCCAAAUGAUCCAAUUUAUAUUGCAGAAACUUUAAUUCAUAUUUAUAUGAAUAAUUUAGAUAUAUCAAAGAAAAUUCAAACUAAAAAUAAAAUAACCAACAUAACACUGUUAAAAAUUUCAGAAGCAAGGAAAACAUUUGCUGCCGGUCAAUGGCAGAAUACCUUAAAUUUGAUUGAAGAGAUAGAUUUAAUUCCAUUAUCUAAUACUGCCGAAAUUAGAAGAAGUGCUCAAGAAGUCAUGAAUAUUGACAAAAAUAUUUUGAAGAUAAUUCCAAACCUGCUAAUAAUGAUUAUGACUUGUGUUUAUAACAUAUCGGAAAAUUUAAGACAGAGUGCUUAUCAGUCAGCUAUUAAAGCACAACAGCAUGAAGCUUUAAAAAACAUUGCUAAAAAUUGUAGCAUGUACGCUGGUAUGAUAAAAUACAAAAUGCCAAAGGAAGUAUAUUCUCAAUUAACGAAACUAGAAAUUACUCUACAAUAA